AUGGAUGUGGAAGAAGAGCGAAAAAACAAGUUGGGAGCACCUGGCUAUACCUCAGAUUCAAACAGCAGCUUGGGGGAUGCCAUUUGCAGGUUUCGAGGGAAGCUGUACAUCCUGAGCGAAGACUCGGCAUGGCAAGAAGCCGGCAUUGGGCAUGCGUCCCUUGGUCCAGAACUCGAGGAUUUGUACGAAGCGGCCAGGUCAGUGAUUGGCACUGGCACGAAUCGACGACUGCAGUUCAAGGAUGAGGAGAGUGUGGAGCCCAGGGUGGGAAGAUCCUUCACGACCGACCUGUCUUUGCCUCGGAUGUCUACCAGCUCCAAGGGGAAGGCUUUGAGCUUUCAAGAUGAUGAAGGAUCCCAAGCGAUUUACAGUCAGAUUUGCCACGAGCCUGGGCGGGUGCUGCCGGCUCCGAAGCUGACCAACCUCCAGGACCUGGCGCGACGGAUUGCCCUAGUGAACCCCAGCCAGCGAGAGCAGGUGGCGGGUGAGCUUGCGGAACCCGAAUUCCUGGCAGAGCUCAGGGAGACCUUCCAUAGCGCAGAGGAGGCUCAAGUGGAGUUGGCUCAAGCGGAGUUUGGUCAAAUCGAGGAGCCCAAGGCCUCCAAGUGGCUCUUCCGAGGAGUCUCUGGCUCCCUGGUCCUUGCCGCAGUGGCGACAGUGUGCGUCCUGAAGUUCCAGUCGCCAGUGGCAACGGGUGAUGCAACGGUCCUGGCAUCGCAGAAGAUGUACUCCGUCCACUCCGGUCAUCCCUUCGUCUCCUGUUCCGCAGGCACCAUUCACCAAUGUCCGGCCUCCUGGAAUGCCCCAGGAAAUGCAGGUGGCUACCACUGCCUGCACAAGCUCAAGUUCCAAAAAUCGGAAGCGGCCUACCAAGCCUCUGGUGGGGCCUGCCGACCUGCAAAGCAGGGCCCAUUCCCCCUGGAUGACUGCGCGCACCAAUGCGCCAUUGGAAAUGCUGGGCACUCGGGCAGCCACGGGCACUGGGGCAGCCACUGGCACUCCAGUGGACACUCUUCUGGUGGUCACUUUUCGGGCGGCCACUACUGGGGACAUCACUCUUGGGGGCACUCCGGAGACUACACUGGCGGAUACUACUCAGGUGGAGACUAUACCGGUGGCGACUACUCCGGAGACCACGGUCAUGGCAGCCAUGUGAGCCAUGUGAUCCAUGUCCAUCAUUAUGGAACACACCAUGGCAGCAGUGUCUCGCACUUCCAUGAUGCACACUGGGGUGAUGCCAUUCACUCAGGCUCCCCUGAUGGAUAUUGGGGCGCAGGUGGUCAUUUUCACUCCUGGAGUGAUGUCGAUGGAAGUGACUACUUGAAUGGCAAGGGCCCCGCACCAGUUGACUUUGGUGAUGUAGAUGGAAGUGACUACUUGAAUGGCAAGGGCCGCACCAGUUGA